GGCGAUAUUUUCAUCGCGUUUCUUCCACCUCUACAGCGUUUUCGGUAAAAGUGAGGGAGAAAAUAGCAUUUUUCUGAAAAUUAGUUAAAAACAUAAACAUAUAGAAGUAAAGAUGUCUACUGAGGACUUUUACUUGCGCUACUAUGUCGGUCACAAGGGCAAGUUCGGCCACGAGUUCCUGGAGUUUGAGUUCCGCCCGGACGGCAAGCUGCGGUACGCCAACAACUCGAACUACAAAAACGACACCAUGAUCCGUAAGGAAGCCUUUGUACACCAAUCCGUGAUGGAGGAGCUGAAGCGAAUCAUUAUCGACUCUGAGAUCAUGCAGGAGGAUGAUCUUCCCUGGCCUCCACCAGAUCGCGUGGGUCGACAGGAACUGGAAAUUGUCAUAGGGGACGAACACAUCUCGUUCACUACCUCGAAGACCGGAUCGUUGGUGGACGUUAACCGCUCGAAGGAUCCCGAGGGCCUGCGAUGCUUUUAUUAUCUGGUGCAGGAUCUCAAGUGCCUGGUCUUCUCACUUAUCGGCCUGCACUUUAAAAUCAAACCCAUAUAAGGGACAUAUUCGUUCUUAAACAUAGCCUAUUUAACAGACACAUUGUAUUUUGUAAUGGAACCUCUACAAUACUUGUAUUUGUAUUAGCUAUACCGUCGUAAGCUUGUGUACAGUUUACAGUGAAUAAAUAAUGACAAUGAAAAAUA